UUUUUUUUUUGUGUGUGCAGCUUUUAAAGAAUUUUGGUCUGUCCAUCUUCUCUUUUGCUAGGACUCAUAUUUAGCUAAGGAAAAAAGAACCAAUCAAUCUUUCUGUUCUCUCUAUCUACUGAUAGAUAUUAUUAUGGAGGACGAUCGAAAAGAGAAGAACACUCCGUGGCUAUCAGUGCCACAGUUUGGUGAUUGGGACCAGAAAGGAGGAGGAACAAUGCCUGACUACUCUAUGGACUUCACCAAGAUUAGAGAGAUGAGGAAACAAAACAAAAGAGACCCUUCUCGAGCCAGUUUAGGCAACGAGGAUGAGCUCAUUAAGCCACCCGAUUCAGCUACAGCAACUGCUAAGCUCACCACUGUCCAAAGCAAUAACCAACCAGAGUUUUCUCCCAUCCACCAUCACCAACCUCAUUCUCCUUCUGCGAGGAGAAGCAUCUUCAGCUGCUUCAACUGCUGCGUUAAGGCUUGAAGGUUUCUUCUAUUAUUAGCAAAGGAGCAGUUUCAUUAUUGACUUGUGUGAUUCGAAUGUGGAAAUGUAAUCUGAUGACCCUUUACUAUAUGUGUUUCAAUCCAUUUCACUUUUCCUCUA